AUGUACAACAGAUUCAAGGUCCUGUGUGAAGAGGAGGAAGACGACAUCGAGACGAGACUAGUUGGUGACUCUAUAGUGAGAGGUCAGCUAUCCGAAUUUUGUGGUCAGGCCCAUGAGUCACAGAAAUGUUUGUGUAUGCCUGGUGGACGCCUAGACGACAUCACGGUAGCAUGUGAUGAUGCAACCAGCGGAGCGGAAAAUAAUGCCCUUUUUAUCAUCCUCGCAGGUACAAAUGAUGUAGAGAACACCAGAUCCGAGGAGCUGAUGGAGAAGUACAAGAGGAUGCUUCACCGGUACAAGAUUAAAUCUCAAAAUAUUAUUAUUUCAGGCAUCCUCCCUCGGACUAGAGCACCGACCAUUUUCUAUGACAGAGCUUUUAGUACUAACAGCUGUCUAAGAUCUCUCUGCACAGAUGAAAGUGUGGACUACGAGAAUCUCUGGGCCGACUUCUAUAAUAAACCCUUCCUAUUCCAGGAUGACGGUUUGCACCUCAAUAGGGUGGAGGCAGCACUACUCAGGAGGCUGCUAAGUAACAAAGUUUCUAGAUUCAGGCCAAAAAACGCCCAGCAGGAUCAAGCAGCUUCAUCCACGUAA